GCUAGUUUUGAUCUUUCCACUUCAACCACCACCCCUCACAUUAUCAUCAACAAUGGAACCAAAAAUGUCUCCCCAAACAACCCUUCAAUCCUCCCCCUCUUCCUCUUCCUCACCUUCUCCUUCUUCUUCUUCGCCAUGCUCUUCUUCAUCAUCUUCUUCUUACGUCGAUGGAGAUAGAAUCGACACAUUUCCCUUCCUAUCUCCGAACCGGAACGAGUCACAACUCGCCGGAAAUUGGGUUCCCACAGUCGCCGGGUUCGCUAUCGAACGGCUGAGAUUUAUCGACCGCAUGGCAAACAGUAGAAAUGACUGGAAAGACAUGGAAGAACGGUUCGACCGACUAGCUUCCACUACUACCGGUCCAAUUCCGUUUGUGAACCGCUCGGAUUUCGCUUUCUGUAUCGGAAUGGAAGACACACCAGAAUUUGCAGAGGAGCUUCUAGAAGCAUUAGAAGGGAGAAGCAGAAACAGAGAUAAUCUGCAAUUGGAAAUCACUAAAGCCCAACUCCAUGACUACUGGUGUCGGAUCACCGACCCGAGUUUCAAUUCCAGGAUCCGAAUUUUCUUCGACUUGUGUGACAGAAAUAUGGAUGGGAAAAUUACUGAGAUUGAAAUCAAGGAGAUUAUCCUGUUGAGUGCUUCUACAAAUAAGUUGUCCAUGACACAGGAAGAUGCAGAAGAUUACUCUACUUUAAUCAUGGAAGAGUUUGACAUCUCCAAACGUGGCUUUAUUGAGCUAUCUCAACUAGAAAGAAUCUUCUUCAAAGAAUCUCAACUUGCAGUCUCAAUCCAAUCCAAUUCUGAAGAACAAAACCAGGAGAAUUGUCAAACAAGAACACCAUGGAUUAAUGAAGAAAUCUAUCUUAGAAAUUACUGGAGAAGAGCAUGGAUAAUUGGGUUAUGGUUAAGCAUUUGUAUUACACUCUUCACAUGGAAGUUCAUACAAUACCAACACAGGAAAGCAUUUCAGUGCACAGGUUACUGUCUUUCCACAGCCAAAGGUGCAGCAGAGACUCUCAAGUUCAAUAUGGCUCUAAUUCUUCUCCCAGUUUGCCGAAAUACGGUGACGUGGCUUCGCAUGAACCGUUGGAUUAACUCUGUUGUUCCCUUCAAUGACAAUAUCAACUUUCACAAGCUUAUUGCAGGAGGAAUAGUGGUUGGUGUGAUACUCCAUGCAGGUGCUCAUCUAGCUUGUGAUUUUCCGAGGAUUGCCGGUUGUAAUCCUUCAGUUUUCCGGCGAACGAUUGCCGGAGGGUUUGGGAAUCAUCAACCAUCUUAUGUUGAGAUACUUGGUACCACGGAGGUUAUUACUGGGAUUACAAUGGUGGUUCUUAUGGCCAUUGCAUUCACUCUAGCAACCCCAUUGCCCCGGCGACGACCUUUGUCGCUGCCAUGGCCGCUCCGGCGGGUCACCGGAUUUAAUACAUUUUGGUAUUCACAUCAUCUAUUCAUCAUUGUGUAUGCACUGCUCCUUGUUCACUCCAUAUUCCUCUUCCUAACUCAUGAUGCAAGACAAAAAACGACAUGGAUGUAUAUAGCCUUUCCAGUGUUGCUAUACUUAUGGGAGCGUAUUUUUCGAGCGAUAAGAUCAGGGUUGUACCAUGUUGAAACACUUGAGGCAAAAACUUAUCCUGGAAAAGUUUUGUCACUCAAAUUGAGCAAGCCUGAAGAUUUUAACUACAGAAGUGGGAUGUAUAUAUUCAUCCAAUGCCCUCAAAUUUCUCCAUUUGAAUGGCACCCUUUUUCCUUGACAUCUGCUCCAGAAGAUAAUUAUCUCAAUGUGCAUAUUAGAACUCAAGGGGACUGGAGUUAUCAAAUGUAUAGUCUUUUCCAAGAGGCACUUGCCCCUGUGGGUUCUGGGUUUCCAAAGAUUUACAUAGAUGGACCUUAUGGUGCAGCUUCUCAAGAUCAUAUCAAGUAUGAUGUUAUAGUACUCAUUGGCCUUGGAAUUGGAGCCACUCCUUUCAUUAGCAUUCUCAAAGAUGUUGUUCAUGGCCUAACCAAACCUUAUAUUGAUUAUGGAGAUGGUGGAGAAUCAGGCAUUACAAAUAGAAAGCAGGGCCCAUCAAAGGCAUACUUAUAUUGGGUUACUAGAGAACAGAGUUCCUUUGAUUGGUUUAGAGAUGUCAUCAAAGAAGUCUCCUAUGCAAACAGAAAGCAGGCUGUAGUAGAGAUGCACAAUUUCCUUACUAGUGUUUAUGAAGAUGGAGAUGCAAGAUCAGCAUUGAUAAGUGCAAUUCAAGCGUUAUAUCAUGCAAAAACCGGCAUCGACAUUGUCUCCGGGACUCCGGUACGUACACACUUUGCUAGGCCAAACUGGACCAAGGUCUUCUCAAACUUCGCUAGUACACAUGAAGGAGCAAGGAUAGGAGUUUUCUAUUGUGGGCACUUAACUUUAGCAAGGGAAUUGGAGAGGUUAUGCACAAAGCUCACCACCAAAACCACCACCAGAUUUGUAUUUCACAAGGAGAAUUAUUGAGAAUAUUUGUUGUUUCUUUUUCCCUUUUUUGGGUGGCUAUAUAUUAAUUAUAUUGAA